GUUUUUGUUGCCGCUCUCUGGCUCUCGCUCGCGCUUUAUCUCUCUCAGUCCCUUCAACUGAAGACAGUGGCUAGCUAUUUGUUUAAUAACACACCAAUGCCGCCAUCGAGUUGACUUUCGGCACUUGUUGUUGGGCUCUGUUGACUCGUUUUUUUCUUUCUUUUCGUUUUGUUAUAUUUUUUCGGUUUUUGUUCUCUUUCAAUAUUUUUGUUGUGCACCUAGCAUCUGUGCUGCUGAUCUGGCAUUGCCCGCGGGAAGUGGCACGCUGAACGACGUUGUCUGAUUCCUGAUGAGCAGCAAACCGUUAGACAAGAUGUACGGACGCACGAUACGUAUAAAUCGAGUUCCAGCUGCCAUAACGGCCAUCCUGCUGACCAUUGUGCUCGUCUACUUCCUCAACUACCACAAGGAUGAGCGUCCCGCCAUCUAUGGUAUGCUGCGCAGCGACAACAAAGUGAAUCUGCGCAAAAUGCUUAUUGCGGCUAUACAGGCGGCCCAGCGUGGUGGACUCGAGGUGCUGGAUGUGGCGCAUUCGCGGCAGCUCAAGGAGCGCAGUAAAGGCAAAACGGCUGAAGGCGUCAACGAUCCAUUUACGGAUGCGGAUGGCCGUUCGCAUUGUGUGAUGAAGCAGGGCUUGCAACGCCUCUUUCCACGUGUUCGCAUCUUCUCCGAGGAGGACAAGGAGCAAUGCAAAGAUGCGAACAGCUUCGAUCUAGAUCGCACGGUACUUCCAGAGACGGCCGUUGUGCCCGAUGUGGCAGUCACGGCGCAGGAUGUAACCAUUUGGGUAGAUCCGCUGGAUGCCACCAAAGAGUUUACAGAGGAGCUCUAUGAGUACGUCACGACCAUGGUGUGCGUUGCCGUCGCUGGUCGUCCAGUGAUUGGUGUCAUACAUAAUCCCUUCAGCGGUCAGACCGCCUGGGCGUGGGUUGGCCACAGCAUGUCCGAAUAUCUGGAUGAGUUGCGCAAGCUGCCACGCCUGAAAUCGGAUCAGCCCAUCAUCACGGUUUCUCGCUCGCAUGCAGCCGCCGUAAAGGAUGUGGCGCGCAAUGUUUUCGGCGAGCAGGUUAGCUUGCUGACCGCUGCUGGUGCUGGCUACAAGGUGCUCCAAGUGGUGGCAAACAAUGCUACCGCCUAUCUGCAUAGCUCCAUCAUCAAGAAGUGGGACAUUUGUGCCGGCGAGGCCAUACUGCGAGCCCUUGGCGGCACCAUGACCACCCUCGAUGACGAGCCAAUCAACUACGGCCCCGACGAUUCGCCGGUAAAUAAAGGCGGCCUAUUAGCCAGCUUGGAAAAGCAUGAGGAGUACAUGGAGCGCAUCUCCAAAUACCGCUCCAUGCACAAUGGCAAACUUAGAUAAUGAAGAAGUCAUCGUCACCUGAAUCUCCGAACUCCCUGCCGACAGCUGCUUAGUCUUAAGUUUUAGGUUAAAAGGAAUCUGAAAACCGGUUUGUGCUUUGAUUAGCUUUCAUUUGAGCGGGGGUCAUGAACCCGAUUGCGUCAACGAUAAAUUAAAAUAAUUUUUUAAUUUGUUUAGUUGUAUAAAAAUUAAAUAAAUGACUGAUAAGCGAU